UGGAAAGAGGGAAGAUUAUGGGCUCUGAACCAAUAAAUAGCACGCCUGCUCCAGCUUCAGGCGCAGUCAGAAUGAGAGUGAAAGCGUUAAGAUCUACAAUAAAACAAGAAACAGUUGAGAAUCUUUAUUCAAAGAAAGAGAAGAGAGAGUCCUAUAGAGCUUUCUUUGAUCUUCGCCUGCUUAUCCAAGGCCGCCCUAUUGCACAUACGCCCAUAACAUUUUGUAUGUUACUGUAUCCCCUUUAAACUCACACAAUCAGAUCGCAACACCAAUCUCAAUCUCAAUCUCUGCUCUCUGUCUUUAUAUUAAAAUAGUACCAAAGUAACUCCAGUUUCAACUAGAUUUGAACAAAGAAGAAUGAAGAUAUGCUGUGACGUGUGUGGCCAAGAAGAGGCCUCUGUCUUCUGCUCCUCUGAUGAGGCAGCUCUUUGUGAUGCCUGUGACCACCAGGUCCACCAUGCAAACAAGCUUGCAAGCAAGCACACUCGCUUCUCUCUGCUCCAACCCACCUUCAAAGAAUCCCCACUUUGUGAUAUCUGUCAGGAGAGGCGAGCGCAUCUGUUUUGUCAGGAAGAUAGAGCAAUUCUGUGUAGAGAAUGUGACCUUCCAAUCCACAAUGCCAAUGAAUAUACCCAGAAACAUAAUAGGUUUCUACUCACAGGGGUGAAAGCUGCUUAUACUUCAUACGCAGCUUCAUCAUCCUUUAAUGGCUCCAUCAACUCUGAGAACAGAAGCUACCGUCAACAUUCCAUGGAGAAUCCCAGAUCAGUUUCUGAUGAAAUUUUCAGUUCUCCUUCAGUUGAGAAACCAUCUCCAUCAUUUACUUCCAGAGCUGAUGCUAAUCAUAUGAGUGACACCAGUUCUGUUUCCACCAGCAGCAUAUCUGAGUAUUUGAUGGACACAUUACCCGGUUGGCGUGUCGAUGAUUUUCUUGAUCCUUCAUCUGCUGCUGCUAACAAUGCUUUCUGUCAAAUUUGGACUGCACCCUACAUGUAGAAAAGGAUGUAUCUUUCAUUGAGCAGAUUAACAAUGAGUUUUUGCUAUUGAAGGAUCAAGAUCUUGAAUGCAACAUGAGUUGUAUUUCAUGAGAAGAUUUAGCCAUCUGGGUCCCUCGAGUUUCCCCCUUUAACUUGCUCUAUAUCUUUUCCUUACAGCUCUGUUAGUGUUUGGUGGACUUGGCAACUUGAAGUGACCUGAAAGUAAGCCAGAGAUGGAUAGAGAUGUUUUGAUGGACAGAUGAGCCAUUCUAAGUUCAGAUGGCAUGUACUCAGUCCAUUUUUUUUCCUGUCGAUUAACCAUUCUUGUCUGCUUUUCAAUCAGAUGUGGUAAUUUUGUAA